CAUAGAGCGGAGCCCGCAGUUGGAACUCGGAAACCCGACAACGCGCUAAGGUUCUCGCGGGAUUCCCUGGUCCAAGGUGGUCAGCGUCUCUAGGGACCGCGAAGGAGGGCGUCCGGACGGAAAGUGGUUUUCUGGUCGUGGGCUCAGCCUUUCGUCGCUCCCAUUGGUACCUGGAGAGGUUGAGAUUAGCCCAUAGGUCCCGGCUUCCCAGAAGAAAGAUUGAUCAAGUGAAGGAAUGGGGGAAGAAAGAGAAGGUUCUUGAAGUUGGAUAUCAUCAUUUCUGGGGACAAUGUUAACUGGGCACCAGGAUUUCUGUCUCUAAGAACUACAUGGCAGAUGCAGAAGAGACGAAAGGCAUAGAAUCCACAUUACUCAUCAUUUCCUGAGUGCAAAAGAACAUGAUCAAAGCUCAGGAAUUGCUGACACUGGAGGAUGUGGCUGUGGAGUUCAGCUGGGAGGAGUGGCAGCUCCUGGCCCCUGAUCAGAAAGAUCUUUACUGGGACGUAAUGCUGGAAAACUAUAACAAUUUAUUGUCACUAGGGUAUCAACCAACAAAACUAGAUACACUCUCCAAAUUCGAACGUGGGGAACCAUGGAUAAUAGAGGAUAAAAUCCAGAAUAGAACCUGUCCAGGAAUUGGGAGAAUUGAUAGUCAUCUGCCAGAGUACUCUCAAAACCAAAGAUUUCUCAAGAGCAUGCAACAAUGCAGUGAACAGAAUGCAUUAAGAAAGAGUGUUCAUCUUAGCAAAACUCAUUUUGCCCUAAUGCAGAAUCAUACCUUUGACUUAUACAGAAAAACUUUGAAAUCAAGUUUAGUUAACCAGAAUAGAAGAUAUACAAUAAAGAACCCUGUGGAGUUUAAUAGAGAUAAGAAAUCCUUUCUACAUGGUAAUCAGGAACAGUUGUAUUCUGGAAUUGAAUUUCCUGAAAGUGUAAAGCACAUUAGCACUAAAUUCCAAGUCUUUAAGCAUCAGAGGACUAACAAAACAGAGAAAUCUCAAGCCUGCAGUGAAAGUGAGAAAACCUGCACCAGGAAGUCUCAGGUUAUUUAUCAUGAGAGCAUUCAUACAAGAGAGAAACCCCAUGGGUGUGAUCCAUGUGGAAAAUCCUUCAGAAGUGUCAUGUUCACUAAAUACCCAAAAACUCCUAAACGAGACAAACCCCAUUUAACCAGUGAAUGCAGAAGAGUCUCUAAUGUGAAGAGCAGUCCCACUGUCUAUCAGCAAAACCACAAAGGAGAAAAAAACUAUAUAUGCAAUGAGUGUGGAAAAGGUUUUACAGUGAAGUGCUAUCUGAUUGCCCAUCAGCGAACUCAUAGUGGAGAGAAACCUUACAUAUGCAUUGAAUGUGGAAAAGGCUUCACUGUGAAGAGCAAUCUCAUUGUGCAUCAGCGCACUCACACGGGGGAGAAGCCCUAUGUAUGCAGUGAGUGUGGGAAAGGCUUCACUAUGAAGCGCUAUCUUGUUGUACAUGAGCGAACUCAUACUGGAGAGAAACCCUAUUUAUGCAACGAAUGUGGAAAAAGCUUCACUGUGAAGAGUAAUCUCAUUGUACAUCACCAGUCACAUACAGGGGAGAAAUCUUACGUAUGCAGUGAAUGUGGGAAAGGCUUCACAUUGAAACGCAAUCUCAUUAUGCAUCAGCGGACUCAUACGGGAGAGAAGUCUUACAUAUGUAACAACUGUGGAAAAGGCUUCACCACAAAGCACGCCCUUGUUAUACAUCAGCGAACUCACACAGGGGAGAAACCCUAUGAAUGCAAUGAGUGUGGUAAAGCCUUUAGCCAAAAGAUAUUCCUUAUACAGCAUGAGAGGUGUCAUACAGGAAAGACACCCUUUGUAUGUACUGAGUGUGGAAAGUCCUAUUCCCACAAGUACGGUCUCAUUACCCAUCAGAGAAUUCACACAGGAGAGAAGCCCUAUGAGUGCGAAGAAUGUGGGAAAGCCUUCACCACGAAGUCAGUACUCAAUGUCCAUCUAAGAACUCAUACCGGAGAGAGACCCUAUGGAUGCAGUGACUGUGAGAAAGCCUUCUCUUACUUGUCAAGUCUUGCUAAACAUAAGAAAAUGCACAUAAAAGAAAUAGUAGAUUCAGUCAAGCUGGAAAUUCCUUUAACAGAGAGUCACAGCUCAUUACUGAUGAGUGAACUUGGGCAGAACAAAAGCCCUGUUAAUGCAGGGACUGGGGAAAUGCCUUCUGUGGCAGCUAAGACUUAAGUGAAACAUCAGUGUUUCCUCAUAGAUCAGAAUGUAAUGGUACUGCCCAUUAUUAUAUAGGGUGCCCUGAGGAGAUGCAAGAAUUUGCCCAGGAGGAGUUCCCGUCAUGGCUCAGCAGAUAAUGAACCUGACUAGCAUCC